AUGCCUCCAGAACAAUCAAAGCAAGAAAGGUUAGAGAAGAAACGACUUGCUGAGCGUCGCAGACUACAAAAAAUUAAGAAUGAUCCCGAACUUAAAGCACAAUUGCAAGAAAAAGAAAGGCAAAAAUAUUUGAAGAAAAAAAUCUGGGAAGAUUAUACCAGUAGGUGUAGUCCACAGCAGCAAAAACUUGCAAGAAAGAAAAGUAGGGAAAGUUCAAAUCGUUACAACCAGAAGAAGAAACUUAGAAAAAUCCAGGAUCUUGAAGAAAUUGUCAAUUAUUCAGAUAAGAUAGAUUCAGAAAUAAAUAGUGAUAACAACGAACAUCCUCUAAUUCUGAUUCCACCUCACUCGUCUAAUUCUUUUACCAUUGAAUCAUCGCCACCUCCAAGUCCCGAUAGUGAUAUUUACGCACCACCAAGUCGAAUCACAAGAUCUACAAGAAGAAAAAAUCUUGAUCAGACUUCUAUACAUCAACUUGGUUUGGAAUUAGAACCAACUUCAUUCAGUGACACCGACACAUCUUCAUCUUGA